UUGUUUUCAGACGUACUGGAUCGAGCGUGGCCUGCUCGUGGCAGGUCCCUAGCAUGGGGCGGUGACUUGACUGGAGCAAUUCCGGCGAGGUCCUUUGAUGGUUAUACCUUCAGCAUGGUCCAUCCACAAGGAGAUCUCGAGCAACCUGUUUUGAAUCCUUUAGAUUACAAUAUUACCCAGAGUCGUUUUGGUCUCGGUGAGUACGGGUCUGCUUUCAAUGUUGUUCAGCCGAGAUCUUCAUCAUACGAACCGCACGAUAUAGCAUCAGCCACCGCCCCAGCACCUGCUCCAGCUCCUAGAGGUUCGAGUGCAGGACCGAGUAGAUACGGGUACCCAUCUACUUCAGCUCGAAGGCAAACUCUUACUCGGCAACACCGGUCCAUGGAUACUAUGGGACCGCUCGAAGCAGGAACAGACCUCGGUGCUCACGAUGCUCCUCUUGCCAUAUCAACAAAUUUUCCCUUGCAUCAAAGUUCUGGUCUACAAAGUGUAUAUCGUGCUCCAUUAUCCAAUCCAGCAUCAACUAAUCAAAACUUUUGGGGCAACGUGGGCGGAAUGUCACACUACUCUGAAGCGGGUGGUGCCAGUAGCCGAUUGCCUGGAGGCCUUUCAUUAUCUGCGGAAUACGAACAGCUCAAAGCUGAUUAUCAAGCUAGCAUAGAGAAACUUAAUCAGACGAUGAACUCGAUUAAGACCUUUUGGAGUCCCGAGCUUAAGCGUGAACGUCAAAUGCGCAGGGAAGUAGAACGAUUGCUGCAGGCAUCCGCUCCCGGCUCAGCUGCAAUAUCUCAGGAUGUCGCCCAUCUUCGAAUGGAAAUUGUCGCUCGUGACGAAAAGAUACGGCAACUUUCAGCGAUGAUUGAUGACGGUAUGGCAGGUCAGUCGAGCUUAUCCGAUAUGCGCAUCCGGGAGCUUGAAGAUACUGUGGCGCAACUGCAGGAAAUGCUCAAAAUUAACGAGCAGCAAAUGAUGGGAGGAGUUGAUCCAAGUAGUCGUUUCGCCCUCGAAAACGCUCUUCGUAUCGCAGAUGAAAAGCAAGCACGUAUCAAUGAGCUUCAAGAAGAGUUAUCCAGAUUGCGAUUGAGUCGUGCUGGUCAGCCUCGCGAUUUCACUGAUAAAAGCAUCACGAGUCACGAAAUGGUAACCCUGCGAAUGAAAAUGGAGCGAUCUGAGGUUGAGUUGAGUGAGAGAAAGGCGGAGCUAGCUCAAUGUCAAGCUCGAAUGAGACAUGCGGAAGAACAGGCUUCUGAUUUACGGCAACACGUACAACUGCUUAAGGAGCAAAUUACGAACCGCGAACAGCAGCACACCCUUCUGCAGGGCGAUGUCGACGCUCUACGGCAAAAAUUGGAAGGCAAGAAUCAACAGAUGGAACAGCGAGAUCAACGAAUAGAGCGCUUAGAAAAGGACUUAGCCAGCGCAAAAGGAGAAGUUAGCGAAAAGAAUGAGCAGAUCCAACAGUCAGAUCACAGGACUUCUCAGCUCAUGGGCCGUAUUGACGGCCUGGAGACGUCGCUGAGGGAUAAGGAAGCAGAGCUGGACAAGGCUAAGAUUCGUCUACUCAGUCAUCCUGAUGUGAUUAAAGAAAAGGAGAUGAAGGACAAAAUAGAAUCGAUGACACUGGAGAAAAAGCGCCUGCAAGAUCACAUAGAUCAAUUGAGAAGGAAUUCUGAAAAGGAGCGGCUGGAGCAACAAGAAACCUAUCAAGCUGAGGUACGACAGUUGAGGUGCAACGUGGAGAAUUUGCAGAAAGAACUUGCUGAUCGUGAUGUUUUACUUGAAUCACAAAAUGAGAAGAUCGGUGAUAUGGACCGUGAGCUAGCAGCCGCAAAGCAGCGGCUACAAACAGCCAUAACGGAUAAAGGCGCAGAAGAACUUCACCGGGAGGUGGAAUCGGCUCGAGGAGAAGUAGACAAAUUGUUGAAGAUGGUCCGCCAGUUGGAAAAGGAGAAUACUCAGCUAAGCUCGCAAUGUAAGCAGUUACAAAGCGCCAUCGAUCGUGGUGGACUGGAAAAAAUGCACUACCAUGGCACAACAUGA